UAAAGAUUAAGAUAUUUAUAACGCCUUCUGAGACAGUUCAACAGCAGUCCGACCUUUUGAAUAUAGAUAAACUCUUUAAAUGAAAUGCUGGGACUGUGUUUGUGGUGAGUUCAUGGUCACUCGCCGUCAGCGGGAAACAUGAUUUUGUUGCGUUCAAAGUUCUCGAUGUUGUGGUUCCUGUUUGUUGUAACAGUUCAAAUGACUGAAGUCGUAGGGAAAUCGAAACUGAUCGAAUAUGAGGCCUGUGAGUCCCGAGACAACACAGUCAGUUUGAGGUCCAAUAAAGCCUCCACAGACCCCGGGCCGGAGCCCGGGGACCUCGCGGCCGCGUUUACUGUCCGAACUCUGGAUGGGGAGUUCUCCUAUCAGCCCGGUGCUGUGCGGGGAUCCCUCGUCAUUCACGCCUUCACCAACAAGUCAGGGUUUCUGGAGUGCAUGUGGAGCUCGGAGUCGUCUCUGACCAGCCUGGUACAGGACCUGCCCAACAGCACCCAGGUGCUCUUUCUGUCCCUGGACGACUCUGCGGUCAGUGAUGCUCUGUGGAUGAGGGAACAGGUGCAGCGGGUCGCCAUGCACAGUAAGAAGGAGGUUCUGUCCAGGCUUCACUUCUGUCCGAUGCCAGUCUUCACUCUGGGUAACUGGAUUCCCAAUGUGUUUUAUUACUGGGGCGUAGCGUCACGCCUCUCCCAGGCUGUUUUCACCUCCGAGGGGUGGAAGAUGCCUGUGGUUAUCAAGAGACUAGAUGCCAGGUAUGAUUGGCUCACGACGCGCUGGGAUCAGACGUCGUAUGAGAUGAUUGAUGCGGGUGAUGGGUGCGAUCCUUCUCCAUCAGUGACCGGUGCUGUGGUCUGGGUGUCUGAAGGCAACUGCUCUUUCUUUACUAAGGUGCAGAACAUGGCCAAAUCCAACGCCUCCGGUGUCCUUGUCUACGCUCUCCCUGGUAACCCGAUCCAGGACAUGAACUGCGUCGGGGAUGAAUGCAACUCAAUGCUGAGCAUCCCCGCUUCCAUGGUGCACCAGGAGCCGUCGGUCACUCAGGCGCUCCAGUCGGGAGAGCCGGUGUACGUGACCUUCCAGUCCACCCCAUCUCCAAGCUUCUUCUUCAGUAUUGACCAACAGGGGGUGCUGGCUGAGAUGGGUGGGUUUCUUUACCCCUCGUUCAGCUUCAUCAACUGGCAGGCACAGUGGUUUGAUUUCUAUGCGGCUCUGCAGACCAAACUUCAACAUCCUGCAAAAGUUGUUUCUGUUUUUGACAAAGUCCAAAUGCAGGGUGAGAAAGGAGCGGUGGCCACAGUCGACCUGCCGUCAGGCUUGUGGGACUUUGACAUGCUGGAGCUCGAUGCGGCCCUGUCGUGUCCUGGCAGGAGAGACUCAUCCUGCGCUCAUUGGGAUCACACAGUGCAGCUGUUUGUCUGCUGCGAUCCUCUCGGGCCGUAUUGCAACACUGAGCUGGGCCGAUGGAUCACUGCCUUCCGCAGAGGUAUUGGGCGCUGGCUGACAGACGUGUCCCCUCUGCUCCCCUUGCUGGACAGCAGCAAAUGCACCCUCACCAUGAAGACAGUGCCUUGGGCGAUGCCGUGGAUCGUCUCUCUCAACCUGAGAUUCAGUGUCCGCAAUCAGACAGAUGGUGUUACUGGUAAUGGCGAAGACAAGCUCCGCCCCUUCAGAUUAAUGUCACUGUACAACGGGGGAACCUUUGACAAAAACUACAACAAGAGAUUCGAGCCAAUCAAAUUCCUGGUCCCGGUAUCAACCAAAAAGGUAGAGCUCUACGCCGUCAUCACCGCCCACGGCAGUGACGAGAACAGCUGUGGAGAAUUUUGUGUGACCUCCCACCAUUUCUUGUUCAAUGCUGUCUUUAACAACACCCUUAUAUUUGAUUCUGCAGGAUCACCCCUGGGCUGCACCUUACGGGUGAAAGAAGGUGCUGUACCAAACGAACACGGCACAUGGCUGUACGGGCGAGGAGGCUGGUGUGAUGGACUACAGGUCAACCCCUGGAGGAUUGAUAUCACUAAACAGCUUAACAUGAGCAUGUCUGAAUCCAACACUGUUGUCUACUUCGGCUUAUUCAAGGGGCAAGAUCCUAAUCCAUCCAAGGAGCCUGGAUACAUCAUCAUGUCUUCUUUUCUUGUCUUUUACAAAUGAUGCCACUCUGUAGACCUCGACAUUUUUAAUGUCUAUGUGUGAAUGAAUGAAUAUGACAUUGAAUGUUCAAUCAAGCCAAAGAUUAAAUUUAUAUUUUCGUA